AUGUUUACUGAUCGUUUUAAAUUCAACACAGUGGACAUUCAGCAAUUUUUUACAAUACAAAAUAUCAGGAAAGAGGACGAAGCAAUUUACUAUUGUGUACUGACUGAUGGAUAUGGACGGACCUUUGUGAACGGCACCUUCUUGGUUGUUAAUGAUGGAGCAGACUCACAGAGCUGUGUUCAUGUGACACAGAGUCCAUCCUCAGCUUCAGUGGUCCCAGGAGGCUCAGUGUCUCUUCAGUGCUCACUUCAGCCCAAAAACAACAAGAACCAAAUCCAGUGUCCACAACAGCAGCAGGUGCACUGGUUCAGAGCUGGAUCUGUGGAGCCUCACACUGGACUCAUGUCCCACUUUACAAACUACAGCUGUGUCUACAGUCUGUCUAAAACUAUAGGACACUCCUCUGAGGCUGGGACAUACUACUGCGCUGUGCACACAUGUGGACAUAUCCUGUUUGGGACAGGAACCACACUGGACAUAGAUGAGCUUCCAGAGCUGCAGUUGGAGCCAGUGACUGUGGCUCUGUCAGUCCUGUUGUGUGUCUGUGUGCUCUUGAUCAUCGUCCUCUGUGUGAAGAGAGGGAGGCUCUGUGCACACUGCAGAGAUUCUCCUGAUACUGUCACUGCACACUGUGAGAUGCCAGAAAACAUGGUUUCAAGUGCAUAUUCCAUCUAUGCUGCUCUGAAACUGAGUGGAGGAAAACAAGAGUCUGUGUACUCCACUGUCCAGUAUAGAUAUACAAAUAAACUGAACCACCUUGAAUAAUGAAGUGUAUGUUUUCCUGACCAGAUCAAAAAUGGAUAAUAUCUGUUUUUAUGUUGUUCACCUCUGCUGCAGAACCUCCAACUGUGACACUGGAUGUGGAUGCAGUUAAUCUAAGUUUUUACAAUAAAGGACUUGUUAGUGUAGUCGAAGUGCCUUGGAUUUUUGU